UCCACCCCCACCCCCACUGAGACCUCCAAAACGUACUGCCGCGCCCUCAUCAUCUCCCAUCACUCUCGUCUGAGUGCGCCAUCGCCAUUGCUCGACCCCCUCGCCCGGCACCUCCCGUUGAGUCCCACGGCUGGGAAGCUGCACCUUUUGACUGCCUGACACUCUUUUUGGGACACGGCUCAAGAUGCCAGAGCCCACAAAGAAAGAUGAGACGCCAAACGGCCAGCCAGAAGAUAGUAAUGGUGCCCCGCCCACACCUGAGAUUACCCUGGAGGUGUCUCCACCCCCAGAUGAUGACGCUGUUGCAGCCACUAGUCCGCCCCCAACACCUCAUGCAGUCCGGAGCGACAUAUACUCCGGAAAAUACGAAGAUGCCAAUUCUCUCAAGAAACUCUCAAUUGAGCUGCCUAAUGAUAGCGUCCCUGUUACAGCCAUGGGGAGAAAAGACUCAGUCUGGUCUUUGGGAGAGUCCCAGCCCCCCGAGGAACUGGACAAGCCCAUUGAGACCCCACCGCUGUCCACCCUGCUCACGGAGAAACCCCAGAGCGGCACAGUGGCCGUCGGUGGGGACAUCACCUUUGUUGCAAAGGUGGAGGCCAAAGAUCUUCUCCGCAAACCCACUAUCAAAUGGUUUAAGGGGAAGUGGAUGGACUUGGCCAGCAAGACGGGGAAGCACUUGCAGCUCAAGGAGACCUUUGACCGUGUCACCAAGGUCCACACGUUUGAGAUGCACAUCAUCAAGGCCAAAGAGAAUUAUGCGGGCAAUUACAGGUGCGAGGUGACCUACAAGGACAAGUUUGACAGCUGCUCCUUUGACCUGGAAGUGAAAGAGGCCGGAACGUCACACAAUAUUGACAUCAGAUCAGCUUUCAAAAGGAGCAGUGAAGGCCAAGAAGAUGCAGGGGAGCUUGACUUUAGUGGUCUCCUUAAACAUAGGGAGCAUAAGCAGCAGGACGACACCCCAGAGGUGGACGUGUGGGAGAUUCUGAAGAACGCCCGCCCUGACGAGUACGAGAAGAUUGCGUUCAUGUAUGGCAUCACAGAUCUGAGAGGCCUGUUGCGCAGAAUGAAGAAAAUCCCCAAAGAGGAGAAGAAGAGUGAAGCGUUUGCAAAGAAGCUGGAUCCUGCUUAUCAGGCCGAUAAAGGAGGAAAGAUCCGCCUUGUCGUGGACCUGGCUGACCCCACAGUCGACCUCAAGUGGUACAAAAAUGGACAGGAAAUCCGUCCAAGUCCCAAGUAUAUAUUUGAGCACAAGGGCACGCAAAGAAUUAUGGUCAUCAACAACUGCACCCUAAACGACGACGCCGCAUAUUCUGUGGCUGCAGGAGAUGAGAAAUGCUCCACAGAGCUCUUUGUCAAAGAGUUGCCAGUUAAGAUUGUCAAAGGAAUUGAGCCCGUGAAGACCACCGUGAAUGAGCGGAUCGAGCUGGAGUGUGAGGUGUCAGAGGAAGGUGCCCAGGUCAAAUGGAUGAAGAAUGGUGUUGAGAUCCCAACAGGGGUUCGAUCCAGAUAUCGAGUCAAGUGCGAGGGAACAAAACACUUGCUGGUGAUUGAUGACGCUUCCUUGGAAGACACCGGGACAUACUCCAUCAUGGCUACUGGUGGAACAUCUGAGGCUCACAUACAGGUUGACUUGAAACCACUGAAGAUCCAUCAGGACCUGCAGGACAUCAAAGUGAUGCUUGGUCAGCCUCUCAAGCUUCACUGUGAGAUCUACCCGGGCAACGUCCCAGGCCGAUGGUACAGGAACGGACAGCUAAUCCAGGCCAAUGACCGCAUCAAUAUCAUACACAAAAAUAAGGUUCAUGAACUUUCAGUUGAAACUAGCUCCCUUCAUGACUCUGGAGAUUACACCUUUGUACCUGAGGGCUACUCACAAAGCCUAUCUGCUAAGGUUCAUGUCAUAGACCCUCCAAGGGUACACCUGGAAGGCCUGAACUUCCCGGAAAACACUGUGACAAUUGUAGCAGGAAACAAACUUCGCUUAGAGAUCCCCAUCAGUGGAGAACCAGCUCCCAGGGUGGUGUGGAUGAAGGGGGAAAGGGUCAUUCUUGAGUCCGGCCAUCGUGUUCGAGCUGAAACUUAUGUUGACCAGACGAGUCUGACAAUUGAAAUCACGGAGCGAGAGGACACAGGAAACUACAAAAUAGUCCUUCAAAAUGAGGCUGGUGAGGCCACAGCCAGCAUCAAAUUAAAAGUUGUAGAUAUCCCUGAUGCUCCAGAUGCUCCUUUGGUGCCUGUAAUAGGAGGUGAUUGGUGCUCUAUGACAUGGGAAAUUCCCAAAUAUGAUGGCGGUUCACCAAUUUUAGGCUACUUCAUUGAGAGAAAAAAGAAGCAGAGUUCACGAUGGAUGAGAAUUAACUUUGACCUGAUCAAGGAAACAUCGUAUGAGCCCAAGAAGAUGAUUGAAGGCGUGCCAUAUGAAGUGCGGAUAUUUGCAGUCAAUGCCAUCGGGGUGUCCAAGCCGAGUGAACCGUCCAAAGCGUUUACUCCCCUUGCUGUUACCAGUGAGCCCACUAUGCUGGUUGUGGAUGACGUGACUGACACAACAGUGACCGUGAAGUGGCGUCCACCUGAAACCAUCGGAGCUGCUGGUCUUGAUGGCUAUUUAGUGGAGUACUGCCUUGAAGGAACUGAAGACUGGAAAGCAGCUAACGAUGAACUGGUAGAGAAGACCAAAUACACCAUCACAGGACUGACACCUGGGUCCAAAAUUUUAGUUCGAGUCAAGGCCAUCAAUGCCGCUGGAGCCAGCGCGCCACGGACAAUUCAGCACUCUAUUCUUGUCAAAGAGGUUAUCGAACCACCCAAGAUCCGUGUCCCCCGACACCUGAAGCAAACUUAUACCCGAAGAGUUGGAGAAGCGGUCAACAUUGUGGUGCCCUUCAUGGGCAAACCCAGGCCGAAGGUCACCUGGCUGAAGGAUGGUAAACCCAUAGAUCCUGCCCAUGUCAGCAUCCGCAACACAGACUGCGAUAGCAUCAUUUUCAUCCGUAAAGCCGAGCGCAGCCACUCUGGGAAGUAUGACAUGAAGGUCCAGGUAGAAAACCACGUGGACACAGCAGUUAUGGACAUACAAAUCAUAGACCUCCCUGGGCCGCCCCAGUGUGUGACAAUUGAGGAUGUAUGGGGAGAAAAUGUGGCUCUGAGCUGGACGCCCCCAAGAGAUAAUGGCAACGCACAGAUAACAGGCUACACCAUUCAGAAGGCAGACAAGAAGACAAUGGAGUGGUACACAUGCAUCCAGCACUACCAUCGCACCUUCAUCGCCAUCACUGAACUGGUGGUUGGGAACGAGUACUACUUCAGGGUCUUCUCAGAGAACAUGUGUGGUCUUAGCGAAUCGGCCACCCAAACCAAGAAAAGUGCCCUCAUCGUCAAAGAGGGCAUGCAGGUGAAAAUUCCCGAGUACAAUGACCACGACUUCAACGAGGCACCUAAGUUCACACAGCCGCUGAUUAACACAUUUGCCAUCGCCGGCUACAACGCCACUCUCAACUGCAGUGUCCGCGCUAACCCGAAGCCCAAAGUGACCUGGAUGAAGAACAAGAUAACCAUCCUUGAUGACCCGCGAUACCGCAUGUUCAGCAACCAAGGAGUGUGCACCCUGGAGAUCAGGAAGCCCAGCCCUUACGAUGGCGGCAUGUACACCUGCAAGGCCAUCAACGACUUAGGAGAGGCCCAGGUGGAGUGUAAGCUGGAGGUUAAAGGAGGGUUUACCUUCUACGAACUCAUGCAACGCGGAGUGCCCCUUCAUCUGAUUGACAAGUACAUGAACGAGACGAAGGUGGUGGAACAAGACAAGUAGUAGAAUGGAAAGGACAGUGAGACUUGCUUAGCUUUUUGCUCAAAUGUGCUGCCGCUAGCGAUGUCCCUCGUCUCUCCCCAGAGGCCAGCAUCGGUGGGUGAAGGUGUGGGUUGAGGGUCAGUGGUCUGUCAUGUGGCAUGCUGUGUCACAUUCUUUGUUUUGUACGUCUCAGUCAGCUCAAAUGCAUGUCUGCAGCUUUUUUUCUUCAUUUGAUUAAGCGUGUAAACAAAAUUAUCACAAGCAGCGGCGCAUUACAUGUUAUUUUUUUGGGAAGGGGAGUGCUUGGUGAUGGUAUAUUUUGGGGGCGAGUGUGGCAAUAAGGAGUGUAUAAACAAAUGUUUGGUGUUUCUGUGGCGACUCUGAAUUUCUAAAUGGCAAGAAAAAUGAAAAUAGACUCAAGUCAUGUUAUUGGAUGUGUUGUAGACUGAUCUUACGAUUUAUGAUCAUAUUGUUCAGAGAGAAAGCGGAUUAAAAAAAAUGUAGUUUUGUCUAUUUUCUGCAUGAACUGUUGUCCGUUUUGGAUUCAUAUUUGUAUUUUGAGCUAUGAUGGAGGCUCACUCACGUGCGCAUGUCUUUGUCCUUGUAAUUAUGGCCCAUGGAUUACAAUAAAUGGCAAUUUUAACUAUG